AUGGCCGUCAACACUGAGAGCAGCGCGGUGUUGGUCCAGAGGGAUCCGUCCGGCACGGGAGACUUCCACGACACUGAGAAGCUGCUGAGCGCCGCUGCGGUCGCCGCUGCCGAGCGGUCGGGCGGCGGCGGCGCGUGCGACGGGCCGGACCUGCGCGGCAGCGUCCGCUCGCUGAACGCCGAGCAGAACGGCCACCGCUCGCCGCUCAAGUCCGGCUCGGUGGGCCAUCUGACGGCCACGCCCAGGUCAUUGUCACGCCUCAGCCUGGCGUCCGGUGGGCCGCCGGGCGCCGCGCCGCCCAGCUACUUGUGGCUGGCCGUCCUCUCCUGUCUCUGCCCCGGCGUGCCGCUCAAUGUGUGCGCGCUGUGGUACGCCAGCGUGUCUCGCUCAGUGCUGAACAACGGUGACGUGGAAGCAGCGCGGAAGUACGGCCGCGUAUCUUUGCUGCUCAGCCUCCUCGCCAUGCUGCUGGGUGUGGCCGUCAUCGUCUUCAUCGUCUUCACCAUCGAGCUCCAGCAGUGAGCAAGAGCGGCGUCCUGAGCUCCUCACACCAGGGAGGAGGAGGAGGACGGGAUGGAAAAGCACAAACGCAAGAAGAAGAAGAGAUGUAAUGGAAGACAAGCCAUGACAUCAGUCUGGUACUGCUUGACCCUGAAGGUCAGAAACAGAGGAAGGAGGGGCUUGAGACGCACACGCAGUGUCCCCCUUGUCGAGGAGGUUGUGCUGCUGGCUUCCCACUGAACAUUUUCCAGGAGCUCAAAAUACUUCAGUUCCUGCCCCCCCCCCAACCCCCCUUUGAGACUUUUGAGCGCCCGCCCGUGUCUCUGGUGUUGCCGUGUACUUUGUAUGUUUCUACUGUAUGACUGACAGGCUCGUUUGUUUGCAUGUGUCAAAUAAACCGGAAUGAGCAUGUGCCGCCAGGUC